AUGACAUUCACAACAGACAACCAAGAUCCAGCCAUACAAGAGAUAUUGGAACGACACUCACCCAAACAAGAACCUCCAAACCUCCUCACCCUCCCCCUCGAGCUCCGCCGCCAAAUCUACUCUCACCUAUGCCCUCCAACUUCCCUCUCGAACCCCAUCCCAAACGUGGGCCUAAGCAGCGUAUCCCACACCCCACCACCCUUGUCUCUGCUUCUGGUCUGCCAAACCCUCACCUCAGACCUCCUUACCUACUUCUACUCUGCAGCUCAAUGGAAACUCAUCGCCAGCCACGCCUUCAAUUUCUACCGCAUCGACUCUACUCUAUCAAACUUUGCUUCUUCCGCGGUGCUAAAGAGACUGGAAAAGGUAGAAUUGGUGUUUUGGUUCGAUGGCGCCUUGUUGGCGGAUUAUCCGAGUUUGAAGACUGCAGCAUAUUGCAACGAGAUCAAAAAUCGCGCCAAAAGGGCUUGUGAGAUUCUGGCGCAAGCGGAGGCGUUGAGGGUGCUGGUGGUCAGUUGGGUAGAUACGACUGCUGGAAAAGCAGCAGAAGAGAAGAAGGGGGUGCUAGAGGCGUUGCAGGCGCUGAACGGAAGCAACGUCCAGGUGGAAGUAGGUGUGCUGGAGUGGAGUGGUGCACAGGCUGGGAAAGAGAGGGAAGAUUGGGAGAAGAUGGUCAGAGGGUGGAUUGAAGAUGUUUGUGUCAGUGCGGCGUGUUGA